GGGCAAUUCUCAUCCGGGUCAGAUCGAGCUGCUUGCUGUCCGUGACUAGUGUAGGUGCCGCGCUGUUCGCGUUUUCUCCUCCUGGUGAGACCGAGCCGCAGUGUUCACAGGCGAGGAGCUACCUCUGUCCUAAGCAGAGAAAGACGAGGAGGAGACGUGCGAACGGGCAGCGGCUGGGCCGCGCCGGUGCGGGCAGGCGACUGUGUUCCUCCGCUUGCUGCUGUCUCUGGGAACUGGGUGCCAGCGCUGAGGGGCCUCCAGCGGACAGCGACCCCCUUCCCCGGCCCCCCAAGCCCACCCUGCCGGGGAGGGCGGAAGAUGCCAGUGAAGAAGAAGAGAAAAUCCUCUGGGGUGGCAACGGCAGUAGCGGAAGACGGAGGCCUCAAAAAGUGUAAAAUCUCCAGGUACCACCUCCCCCCACCUUUCAGUCUUUCCUCCUUCCUCCUUUGCAGGACAGCUGGAGGAGAAGGAGUUGGGCCCAGCCUCCAGGCCUCAAGUGGAGAGAGCUAUUGCAGAUCCCAACCCCCUGCUAGACUAAUAAGUGGAGAGGAACAUUUUUCAAGCAAGAAGUGCCUGGCUUGGUUUUAUGAGUAUGCAGGUCCUGAUGAAGUUGUAGGGCCAGAAGGAAUGGAAAAAUUUUGUGAAGACAUUGGUGUUGAACCUGAAAAUAUUAUUAUGUUAGUUUUAGCGUGGAAAUUGGAGGCUGAAAGCAUGGGAUUUUUUACCAAGGAAGAAUGGUUAAAGGGAAUGACUUCAUUACAGUGUGACUGCACAGAAAAGUUACAGAACAAAUUUGAUUUUUUGCGCUCACAGCUGAAUGACAUUUCAUCAUUUAAGAAUAUAUACAGAUAUGCCUUUGAUUUUGCAAGGGAUAAAGAUCAGAGAAGCCUUGAUAUUGAUACUGCUAAAUCUAUGUUAGCUCUUCUGCUUGGUAGGACAUGGCCACUGUUUUCAGUAUUUUACCAGUACCUGGAGCAAUCAAAGUAUCGUGUUAUGAACAAAGAUCAGUGGUACAAUGUAUUAGAAUUCAGCAGAACAGUUCAUGCCGAUCUUAGUAACUACGAUGAAGACGGUGCUUGGCCCGUUCUUCUUGAUGAAUUUGUUGAGUGGCAAAAAGUUCGUCAAACAUCAUAGCAAGAACUAUUGUGAAGAAAAUGCAAACUUUUUGAUUCCCACAUGUAUACAAACUAAUGAAAUGAGGGGGAAAAAUCCAAAGGGUGCAUUUUCAUUCAUAUGAAAGACUUCUCAUAGUACUUUUUUUUUUCCUUUUUUUUAAAGGAAGUUUCCUUGUUACAUGUGAGCGGCAUUGAGCCACACCUCUUCUGAGACUGAAUAUUGACAUUUUUGUUUCAAGUUAUGUUUUUAACAUUUAUUUCAGAACAAUAAAGAUUCAGAUUUGUGACAAAGGCCUUAAAGUGAAGAUGUCCCUUGAGUGUCAGAGUGGUAUUUAUUUUUGUAAGUUUGAAUUCUUGAUUUUUGAGGUUCAGAAUUACCAUGAAUUUGUGAAAUUUUAAAGAUUUUAAGCAAUCUUAAUAUCCGGCAAUGUAGUCUGCUGAUGGUAUAGCUCAUAUUAUUUAUCUUUGCACAAUUAGGAAGAAUAAUUAUUGGCCUUGACUUAUAAUGAUUUUCUGGUGCAGCUAGUAAAAAACAUUUCUAGAUAUUGGAAGUGCUCCAACUUUCAGCUGUGGGUAUCUGUAAAAGCUAUCAAGGUCUUAUGUACGUAUCUUAUUUGAAAAGUUUGGAAAGAUUAUGUUAAGUUAUUUUGUUUUUUGACCAUGAGAUAUUUUUAAUAAGCAGAAAUAAGCCCUGCAUGUGUAUAUUUAACAUGAAAUUUAAAUUUUGUGUAUUUCUGUCAAAGAAUUUCAUUUACAUUUGAAGUAGCAAGGUUGAUAUAUUAAUGGUCUCAAAAUCAGACAUUCUUUUAAGAGCAUUAGGAUCAAUAUUGAAGUUGUAUUUUUAUCAUUAAUACAAAUGGCAUAUUUAUGAUAUUUUUAAUUAUUAUUUUAUAGAGAGUUUUGUUGAGAGCACUGUUAUUUUCCUUAAGAAAACUUUAGCUUUGAUUUUUGUGGACUUUGUUAAGAUAUAUAAAAGAAAAGAAAAUAGAAUAAUGGAUCAUGAGAGACCUCUGGCUGUAAGUGCAAACUUGGUGAUAUCAUUUAACAUUGGUAGUAUUACAGUUUUGCUGUUUGUCACAAUUUUCUGACUAUUGGCAAUAUAGUAUCUUGAAGAAAUAACAGCCUUAUUCACAUAAAAGUCACCUUUUGGUUAGCAGCAGGCAUGUUUUAUAUAUUCCUUUUCAAACCAUCCAAUAUUCCAGUGAUAAGAAAACUUGGUUCACAUUCACAGUUCAGUCACAACCUCAGUAAUAUUCAUAGUCUCAUUGUAUAAAUGAAGAGAACUAAAGAGGUUAUUUUUCCAUAAUAAGGAAAUUUCUGUUGAUUUAAAAGUAAAGGUUGGUUGAUUUGAUAGUGAAUUUGUUUAAUGAGUGAUUUUUAGUAUUAAUUACCUAAGGGAAAAAUAGCAUUUUGAAACUUAUUGUUUGCUUCUUGGUUAAUGAACAUAAAGUGAUUGCCAAUGUUUUACUUGCCUUCUUAACAAGAUUAUUUUGUACAGUUUUGUAAAACACUGAUAAAAUAGUGGAAAAUAAUUCUUUUCCUCAGUACCUUUAGAUAAAGAUUAUUUUCUUUGAAUAUUCCUCUUAAGGGUUAGAAUUAGCAAAUUAUUAGUAAGGAGCACAUGAACCUUUGUGAUUUAGUAUCAUGAAUGAUGUUUUAAUAUCAAAUUAAUAAUAUAAGAAAAGGAUUUACAUUGUAGAAUUUCUAAUAUAAUUGACUCUUCUAAGGUACAAGUUAAAACAAUUGAAGAAUAUUGUCCACUUUUGUUUAAUUCAAAAGAAUUUAAGUGAAAUCUUACAAGUUGUUACUUUAUAACUUGAACUAAUUGUAAAAACCUUUGUAAUCUUUAUUAUUUGAGUAAAGUGAGGAACACUCAAAACUUAUAGAGUGACUUUAAAAAAAUUUUUACUUAGAUUAACUAUCCAAGGGUUCCUUUAAUUUUUUGGCAGGGGUUGGUUCUGAAUAUGAAAAUUAAAUUCACUUUUUUUCUGCCUAAAAUUAGUGGUCCAAUUCCACAAUGGUCAUGUGCCUGUUUUACUUGCUCCAUCUGUUUCUCUUACCUUUCUAAAGCCAUAUAACACUCACCUAAUUCAGUGGCAUAUGCCUGUAUAACCCCAGUAACUUGGGAGACUGAGACAGAAGGAUCAAAAGUUCAAAGUCAGCCUCAGCAACUUAUCUAGAUCCUGUCUCAAAAUUUAAGAGGGGGUGGACAGGGGCCUGGGAAUGAAGAAGCUUGGUGGUUAAGUGCUCCAGAGUUUGAUCUCCACUACCCCCCACCCUGUUUACCUACUUUGCCGGCAAAUUUGCUUGGCCUUAUUCAUCAGGGCAUGGGCUGUGUUCCUUCUCUCCUUUCUUAAUUUAUAUUUGAACAACUUUCAGUUUAUUGGGAAACUUAUAAUCAAGAUGCUAAGUGGUUAAGAUAUUAACUGGUCAAAAUGUUUAGCAAAGUGGACAGUAUUAAGGAACUUGUAGUAUGAAGAAGUCUCCUAAGUGUUGUGGCUCUUUUUUUUUUUUAAACUAAAGUGCCUUCCCAGGAAUCCUUUUGUAAAAUCUUCUAAUUUAUUUUCUUCGUGUGGAAUGAAAUACUCGAUGGUGCUUUAUAAUAUGGAGUUGACUUGCUGCUUAUAAAAUAGUUUACAAAAGUAAUACUACUGGAAGAAAGUAGAGCCAGGUGUUGAUUCUUUGUGGGAGGUUGGAGUGUUGCCUUCCACAAAUCCAUGGGGUCAAUAAUUUUUAAUAAGGUAUGGUCAUUUAGAAAAAUAUUGACCAGGGAUUCGGGUAACAUAGUAUGAUAAAACUGUGUAUUACAUGCUGAUCUGGAUCUGUUACCCUAUUUUUCUCUUACUAUCUAAUGAUUUCUUGUUUUUAAAAUGAUAAAAUUCUCGACAAUACAUUUUUAAUGGUUAUAUUUUUAUGUGUAAUGUGAGACCUCCCAUGGGAUUAUUAAAUUGACCCUCAGGAUUGUAUAUCCCUUAAGUACAAAUGCCUUUUUAUCUAACAAACCAAAAGUGUAUCUUAACAAUAUUGAAUGCCAUCACUUUUCAGUGUGAAGGGGAUGAGAGUGAGAGUAGAAUUUUGACAUAACUAGAGUUUUUAAGGCAUGCACAAUUAUGUGGAGUGGUCAGAUUCUAGACAAAUGAAAUACAUUGCUAAUAAAACAAAUUUUGAAUUGUAUCUUAAGCAAAAUGUCUUUUCUGCCUAGUCAUUAAUGGGAAAUUAUGAAAGGACUUACUGAAAUGUAUUAUGUGCUUAGUUUUUGAGGAGCAGUUAGUAAGAAUGCUGACGUCAUUUGUUUUACUGCCUUCUUGAUGAAGUAUUCCCGAUGCUAUUGUGACAAUUCAUAAAGGGAUAAUACUUUGUUCCUGCUUUUAAGCCUGAAGUUUUUAGCACAUCUCUCACAUGCUUCCCAAAUGUCUAAAGCAGCAAAUAAUUUGAGGGCAUUUAAUGCAUGUAAUUUAAAUACAUUUUUUGUUAAAAAGAGAAAAAUUAGAAAGCUAAAGAAUUUUUUCUUUUUCCUAGAGAGAAAUUCUUCCUUAAGGAAAUAUAUCACUUCUUGAGUGAUACUGGAAAACAUCACAAGGAAACAUUUCAAAGAAGGAAGCAUUUUCUCUUCAAGAGAAAUGAAAAAUAGGAAAAUUGUAAAUUUCCUCAGAAGGAAAGACUAGUGGGAAUUAUUAAAUAUUCUGGAUCAUAUAAAUUUUAAUGACUUUAAUUUUAUUACUUUCAUGAAUAUUUAGCAAUAACGAGACAAAAAUAUUACAAUUCAGUCUUUUUUGUUAAUAGACCUAGUUACCUAUGAUUAUACUAUUAAAGCCCAGAAAACAUUAUAACUUUUAUGAUAAACUUUAUAGAUUGUGGAAAUGAAUUGCUGCCACAAACCUUGGAUAAAUUGUACUGAUAUUGUAGAUAUUUUUCUAGUGAAUUUUUACUUCACUGGAAUAAAUUUAAAAAAAUAUUUAUGUAUCUUUAGUUUUUUAGGUGGAUACAUUAGUUUGUUUUUAUGUGGUGCCGAGGAUCGAACCCAGUGCUAGGCGAGCAUUCUACCACUGAGCCACCACCCCAACCCCUGGAAUAAAUCUUUUGAUGUUUAAUUUAUUUGCCUUUUCUUAAACACCAAUUUUAAUAAAACUGAUUAGGCAUUUACUGUAUCCACCUCACAAUCUUCUGUAUUCUAUAGAGUAUAGAUAGUGUUUCCUUAAUUCCUUUCCCUGAUCAGUUGUUACUUAAUGUGACCCUUUUCUUUUUAAGAUGGAUACUUUAUUUAGAAUCCUUUAUAAUACAUCUUGUUUUUAUAUCAGUUCUUACAAGUUACAGCAAAACAAUUUUAUUAAAAUUGUUUUAGCCUUCCUCAAAAUUAUAUCAUUUGAGGAGAUAUUGUCCUGCUAUUUGGCUUUUCAGGUCUACAGUAUUGAUGACUUUUCAUACUUUAUGAUUGGUUUAAAUUAAAAUUGUGGACUUUUAAAAGCUUGAAAAUAUAUAAAAUGCAUAUGUAUAAAGCAAGAUUUCCCUAAAACUCUAUAGGGUUGUAUGUGUGUGUAGAAUUAGUAGUUAUAGUUUAUUUUUCCUGUAGAAAUAAAUCAUAGUUAAAAGCCAUGAAGGUUAAAAAUUUUGCUUUUAUAUGACUGCUAUUAUUUGAAUUUGUGAAAGAAAAAAGACAAUACUUUAUUUGAACAACUUGUCACUAGGGACUUUAUUUUGACUUUAUCAAAUUUAGCAAAUCAAUUUUUUUUAGUUUUAAAUGAGGUUUACAUAUUUUACCUGUACUAUCAUGCAAAUGAAAUGACUUAAAGCAGGUUUAGGCACAGUUAAUUUUGACUUCUUAUCUAUUUUGGAUUUGUAUUAUUCUUUGAAAUUACUUGGAAUUUUGAGAGUUUAUAGAAGUGAAAUCUGAGAACCUGAGUUUGGUUUCUUCUUUGUUACAUCUCUGUUACUUUUAGAUAGUCACUUGACUCUUGUCAUCUUUAGUUUUUUUCUGUAAAACAGCAAUAAUUCUACUAGUAUUGUCAGGAAGUACAAAUGGAGCCCUAAAUAUUAAAAGAGUUCACUUUGAUGUUUGAACAAAAAGUGAUUAAUUAAAAUAGUUCACUCUGUCCCCAACAGAUUACACCAUCCUACAUGGAAAAAUAGCUGGAGUUUACUAUUUUAUUCUACCAUUUAAAAAAAAUAAUCAAACACAUUUAUUUAUGUUUCAGACCAAAUCUUUAAUUCAGCAAAUUGUAACUACACCAAGAAGUAUUCUAGCUCCAGUAUAUCACAGGGCAUAGAAUAGAGAGGUCUCUGGCAUUUAUGUGAUUUUCAUUUGAAUUGGUUUAUAUUGUUUAUCAAAUGGUGACAAAAUUAUUUGGGAGAAAAUUAAGUCAAGGAAGGCAUUACAGAGUGUGAGUAUAAGGUUGCUAUUUUAAAUAAACUGUAUUCUAAUUUAUGAGACAUUUGACCUGGAAUACAGGAGCAACUGAACAAUAUGGUUGGUUAUCUGGGAGCACAGUGUUCUGGGCAGAGGAAUCGUGCUAAGGCCAUGAGCAGGUAACAGUUUGCUAGGUGUCUUUGGGAAGCUACAAGAUCAGAGUAAAUGUAGUAAGCUAAAAGAGUAUUAGCAAUAGAAAGUGAGGUUACAGAUAUAGGGAAUAAUAAAGACUUACUGAGUGAAGUAAGAAACAAUUAGGGUUCUGAUCAAAGCAAGGAUAUGGGAGUGAAUAAAAUUUGGAGAAUAAUACAUUGGAAUAUUGAAAGUGGCCAUUUAAGAGUAAAAGAUUCAGGAUCAUGUUUGAGGUAGGAAGACUGAGGAUUUAGUUUGGGAUUUGUAACAGUAGAUGUGCCUGUAAGAUAUCCAGAGGGAAAUGUAGAGUAGUGGGCAGUUGGAUAUUUGAAUUUGGAGUUCAAAGAUAAAGUCUGGGCUGGAGAUAGGUAAUUUGGAAGUCAACAGUCAUAUAUAUAUAUCAUGACAUGGAUGAAAUCACAUAGAGAAUAAAUGUAGCUAGAGAGUAGAACUGAAUUGAAAACAUAGUUAAUGAACUUUUAGGACCACCUUUUGUGAUUUUAAAAGUAGAAAUGUUAUAUAACAUUUUCUACCACAUACACCAACCAUUACUUCCUAUAAUAUAGAAACAUUUUAAAACCAAGAUUGAUAACAUACAUUUAUAUAUAAACAAAUGGCAAAAUGAAGACAUUCCUUAAUUCUUAAAAUGAGGCUUUUUGUUGUGAAUGGUACAGUCUUAUAUUUUAAGAAUAUAUUUCUAUGGUGGUCAGAAAUUGCUGUUAUGAUUCAAUUUGAUAGUUUUAGCACUAGAGGGCAGGAUUGCUUCUAGAUUGUGAAGAGUGAAUUUGUCCAAACAUAAUCCCUACAUUCAUUCUCAGUGAAUGCACUCACUUCUCAAGUGACAUAUUUACCAUCUACUGUGUUUUAUUUCUGUUGCUGGGAAAGUAGAAAGUAAAGGUAAGCUUGACUUUUAGUCUGUCUAGGACUGUGAUUGAUAGUAACACAUUUGCAUAUGAAGUCCAAGGAAAUUCAGGGUAGUAUCCCCCUUCAAUAAUGGUAAUCUGGACCCAGUUAUUAUUGGUACUCUGAAGUACUCAUCACUGUGCCUAGUUUUUAGGUUAGUUCAUAGUGUCUGAAUAAAUAAAAAAAUUAAUUUUAAAAAGUGGGAUCAGGAAGUUGGGAGCCUUUACAAAGUCCGAUUUUAUUUGGGUUUUUUUUCCCCUGAUGGCUGAGGAUUAAGCCCAGGGCCUUGCACAUGCUAUGUAAGCACUCUGCCACUGAGCUGUUUGUCUUAUCCCCUAUCACCACUUUUUCACAUUUUCACAGGUUUUCCUAUUAAGAUGGAGAUGAUUCCACUCUAUCUUUACUCCCAUGCCUUUUUCUGAUAGUUUAGCUACAAGAACAGUUUGUAGCCAUAGAGAAUAGAAAGUCUUUUUAUAGUCACCAUAGUGAAGAGAAAUGAUAGGUGUGGAAGGUGGGCAGUUCCUUCUGUCUUGCUUGUAUCAGAUUGAGACGUUAGAGAUUGAGAUGGAACCUUCCUAUAUUCUACCCUGAAAAUUUUCCCACACAUGGGCCUUAAAAGUUUUUCUGGUCUUUUCAGUUUCCCUACUUUAAUUUUCUUGCCUAUAAAAUGAGAAUAAUAGUCCUUACCUAAUUGUAUUGUUUUGAUGAAACAAUACCUGCAGUAAAUAUUAACUACAUUGUUCUUUGAAAAAACAAAACUAAAUCAUUGGUCUUUGUACAUUGAAUUUGUGUUCAAAUAUUAUAUGGUAGAGCAACUAAGUGGAAAACUGUUAAUCCACUAAUAUACACUUAGAAAUACAAAACGGUUCCACUAAUAUACACUUAGAAAUACAAAACGGUUAUUGAUGUGAACUAAUCUGUAUUAUAUACUUGUUAACUUGGGCACUGUAAUGAAGUGAUUGUUCUAAAGAAUAUUAAAUAUGACUAAAUGAGAUGAUAAAUUUACAGUGCUUGGUACCAAGUAACAAGCAUUCAGUAACAUGAACUGCUGUAGCUAUUUUUAAACAGUGGAUCAAAAAAAAAAGUGGAUCAAUUUGAUUUCAUAGAGAGGGCUCUUAUUAAAAAAAUAUUUUUAUUGUUGAUGAAAUUUUUAAUUUUAUUUAUUUAUUUGUAUGUGGUGCUGAGAAUCAAACCCAGUGCCUUGCACAUGGUAGGCAAGCCACAAUCCCAGCCCACUGGAGGGCUGUUUUUUAACAAAAUAAAUAAGCUUAUAAAACAAAAAUACUAUAUAGUCUUAUUACUUUGUUUGAUUUCCUUAUUACUUUGACUGAUUGUGGAGUAGCAAGACCUUUUCCCAAAAGAAGUUUUACCUAGAAGUAAAAUAUUUAAAACAGUUAAAAUAAGAAUCUCUGCAUCCUCCCCACUUAAAGGAACUACUGGCUCUCCAUUUUUUAGGUAGUGGUGGUACCGGGAAUUGAACUCGGGAUCAUUCUACCACUGAGCCACAUCCCCAGCCCUAUUUUGUAUUUUAAUUAGAGACAGAGUCUCAAUUGCUGAGCGCCUCACUUUUGCAGAGGCUGGCUUUGCAUUCACUUUCCUCCUGUCUCAGCCUCCCCAGCCGCUGGGAUUACAGGCGUGAUCCACCCACACUCGGCUCCAACAGCAUAUUUUGAAAACCACUGUUUGCACAUUUGUACUUUGACGUGUCAAAUGUGAGCAAAGUAAUAGUGGGAAAACUGGAUUUAGGAAUUUCUAUUUCAUUCUCUAAAAAGCCAAAAAGUAGCUGGCAUUGUUUUAAUGUAGAGUAAGAUAAAAAAAAAUGCAUAAAAUCUUUUUAAAAAAAUAGCUUCCUGAAGGAAUGAUGCCUCAUUUGCUUUACUGUCUUCCACUUUGCUUAACAAGUAAGUCAUUUUCCCCCCAUAACCAGUUUGUUAUAAAUAUGGUCAUAAGAUGGUUACAUUGACUAGUCUGAUCUUACAGAAUAAAUGAAAAAAAUUGACAGACCACUAGUUGAGUAAGGGAAAAUAUGACCCUUCUUGCACUUAGGAUGUAUGAAUUGAAGAAAAUCAAUGUAGUCUUUAACUCUCUGAUGUAAGAUUUAAUUUAUUGGAACUUCUCCUUAGUCCAGAUUGCAGCACCUUUCUGUGUUUCUUGUAUAUUCUGCAUCUACUGUCUCUGUAAUAAUUGAGGGCUCUCCUCCCAAUUCUGGGCUUGGUUAUCCUUAAAGAAACAUCCUUUCCUUUCUUCAUUCUUUGAGUCACUACUGAUCUUGUAUAUACUUUUUUGAGUGUCCAUAACACUGUAUUGUCAGAGCAUAUUCACAUAUGUUUUCUUAACUAAGCUGUGAGCUCCUAGAGAGCAGGGACUGUAUGUUUUAGCUUUAUCCUCCAAUGCCCAGAACUAUCUACAGUAUAGGAAAAGCAUUCAUAAAUGGAACAAAUGAAUACAUGAGAAUGAACAGAUGAAUGUUUUUGCUUGUGUUAGAUAUCUAAUAUAUUUGUAUUUUUUGUUUACUGUAUCGCAGACAUUCUAGUAUAAUCUUAUUUUUAAUGUUGACUUAUUGAAGUAAAUUAAUGCAAAUCAAAUGCAUAUUAAAGCAAGUAUAUUUUGCCACCCAAAUUAGCAUAGAUUUUAAAAUUGAUAGUACCUAUGGUUGAUGGCAUAUGGAGACAGAAAUUUUUAUGCUUUACUGGAGGGACUAUGAUUUGGCAUAGCCUUUCCUGGAAAGUAGGAAGAUAUAUUCAAAAGCCUUAAUAAGUUUCAUAUCUUCUUACCCAGCCAUCCUAUGCCUACAAAUAUAUCCUAAAGAAUAAAAUUUGUGAUUUUUACCAUAAUAUAAUUUAUAGGAAAGAAAAGAAAUUACCUAAAUGCUUAAGCAUAGGAAAAUUUGUUAAAUAAUAGCACACUCAUAUAAUGGAGUAUUAUGGUAUCUUUAAACAUCCAUGCUAUAAAAGGUGGAAGCAUUUUAAAGCAGUAUGUACAAUGCAAUACUAUAUUUCAAAACUGUAUGUAUUGGGAGAAGGCUGAAAGGCUAUACACCAAAAUAAGAUAAAUGGUUAUCUUCUUGGUGGUAGAAUUACCAGGAGUUUUUAUUUUGCUUCACAAUCUGUAUUUUCUGUAAUACAAUGAGUAUGUAUUAGUUUUGUAAUAUUAAAAAAUAAAGGUUGUAUAAGGAA